AUGGAUUAUGAAAGGAUUCAAAAGCCUCAGGGUGGUGGAGGAUUUUCACCAGGAAAAUUGAGAAGCAUGCUACUUGGUGUGGAGAAGAAGAGGAAACAAGAGGAAGAGCUUGAUUCUAAUUUCACCUCAAGAUCUCAACAUUCAGACAUGGAUGAAUCUGGUGGCAGCGGUUCUGAUCAUUGUAAAGAUGUAGAUGUUGUGAGUGUCCAUCCUGAAUAUUCAUCUUCUAGCGAUCCAACGUGUAGCGUAGAGGCAGAUAGUGGUGAUCGAAUGGCAAAGGCUAAUGCGGGAUUAGCGACUUCAAGGAAUAGAAUUCUAGAGGACCCUUCUUUAGAUUAUGAUAGCGGGUAUGAUAAUAUGAUCAUGUCACCAUCAAUGUUUGAAUUUCAAAAGGCCGAGCGUGCCCCGCCGAGAGUACCCGUGGGGCCAUUCUCAAAACCAGCACCAUCUAAAUGGGACGAUGCGCAGAAGUGGAUAGCGAGUCCGACGUCAAACAGGCCCAAGACUGCACAGAGUCAGGGGCAAGGUGGGCAUGCAGUUCCGCGAAAGGUUGCUGGUCUUGGAAGCCGGCAACCUUCCAUGAAAGUUGUCGUUGAAGUUCCAGAUCAAAGAGAAAUUAGCUUAGAUGAACCGGAUACAAAGCAAAUCGAUGCAAAUCAAACUAAGAUGGAAGGUGGAGGACAGAAGUUUGUGAAUUGGGAUGAUGAUCCUUAUGCAAUUGCAAAUGCUUACGAGGUUAGUCUCAGCCAGCAUAAUUCAUCUAUUGCUGCCCAGAGUGCAACAACAUUUGUUCCUCCUCCUUCAACGGCUCGAUCUGUAUCGAUGAGAGAUAUGGGAACAGAAAUGACACCUAUUGCUAGCCAGGAGCCAUCAAGAACAGGUACACCAGUAGGGGCAACGACACCGAUGCUCAGUCCUAAUUCUUCACGGCCUUCUACGCCCACCAGAGCCGCCCCUUCAUCAACUUUGAUCAAUGACAAUCUGAAUCUUAACAAGAAUGAGUUGUCUGAAAAGGAGCUACAAAUGAAAACUAGACGAGAAAUAAUGGUCCUUGGGACGCAGCUAGGUAAAAUGAACAUUGCUGCUUGGGCUAGCAAAGAAGAAGAGGAUAAAGAUGCAUCCACUUCACUGAAAACAAAAAAUGCCGAACAACCAACAAAGAGUGUCGUUGAAGCACGUGCAGCAGCAUGGGAGGAGGCCGAGAAGGCCAAAUAUAUGGCCAGAUUUAGGCGCGAGGAGAUGAAGAUUCAAGCAUGGGAAAAUCACCAGAAAGCAAAAACAGAAGCCAAGAUGAGAAAAAUCGAGGUAGAGGUUGAAAGAAUAAGGAGUAAGUCACACGAUAUGCUGCUGAACAAAUUAGCAGCUGCAAGGCACAGGGCGGAAGAAAAGCGAGCAGCAGCAGAAGCCAAUAGAAACCAUCAAGCUGCUAAAACUGAGGAGCAAGCAGAAUACAUCAGAAGAACUGGUCAUGUACCUUCUUCAUAUUUUUCAUUUUCUUUCUGCACUUGGUGCUCUUAA